UAGUUACAGUAUGGCGGACGGGACUUGCGGAGGAGGACAACUUCUUCUGGAUUCCUUCCACAAAACUGUGGGGAGGCGACGGCUAUAACUCUUAACCGUCACGGCAAGCACGACCUGGACUGAUAAAGACGACGACCGCUGAAGUCGCGGCUCUAACGGAGAGUUUUCCCGGGAGAUAAUCGGGCUGGUGUGAUGCGUGAGGAGCCGCAGUCAAGAAACUCCCCUGAUUUUUCCGCGUCUGUUUCUGCUCUGACUGUCAGUUAGCCGGCUAGCUGCGCAUGCUAACGCUCGCUUGCAGUGCUCUGUUGUAGCGAAAAGACGCGCUUAGCUUACCCCUUUUAUUUGCUUCGGGAGACAGGGAUGGCAUUUCGCCUUCAUUUGGUAAGCGAACUGGUUAAGUGGAAUGGGGAAGAAACAUUUCCAGACCCGGAUGAUAAGUUUGUCAACACUCAUUAGCCUAGCCUAGCCUAGCCUGCUGGUACAACGCCAGAAAACGUUGGCCGAGAGUUAGCGCUUAGCCCGUGCAACUAGCGAGCUAGCCAAUUAGCAUUUUAGUUGCACAAGACGACCUGCUAAUCCCUUGUUCAUCCCGGUGGAGUGUUUUGGAGGCAAUUCAGAUCAGCAGAGAGACUUUCCAACAUUUAAUUUCCGUUAAUGUCGAAUCACUCAGGAGUGUUUCUGGUGUACAGUCUUGCUAGGUGUCGUUAGCGGUCUUAUAGGUGUGCUCUGGAGGGAGUGGUAACGGUAAGCAGCUAGCCGAGGUUCCCUGUAUCAGGGCAACAAUGUCAGUCAGGCUAUGACAUUAUGUAAAUGACGAAUAUCUUUCAGAUGAGGCAUUACUGAACGCCAAACCAAUCGGGGUGUUGGGCAUUGGGGUGUGGGCUGCAGGACAAGACCUGACACAACUAGAAAAGGCGCAAUAAUUUGAUUAACAGCUCCCUAUUGAUAUCAAAUGGUUUCCUAGAUUGUCAACUAAUUCGAUAAGUAAGACCAAUUAUUGGCUUGAGCUCUGGCUAUCUUUGGAGACUAAAUAUCUGCCUUGCCUGCUUCAGUGCUGAAGCAGUUUGAUGGACGUGGGAGGCUGUUUGCCAGACUGUCAGUGCUAUACUCAGUCAUGUAUGUCUUGACACAUGGCUCCCUGGUCUGUACAUAGUGCCUGCUGUCAGAUUUAAGUGUCGUUAUGUAGCUCUGGUGGACUGUCAGUGAAGGGAAUGUCUUGUCUUUUUUAUACCUGUUGGUUUGUUUUUUUAUUUUCAAACACAGGAGAGUCUCUUUGAAUCAAAGUGGGGAAGUGGUGCAGCCAGUGGACAAUGUUCAUCAGUUAGUGCCUAGAAGCUUUGAGGACUAACAUUUCGGCCCAUACGUUGGCCGGUUAUAUCUUAGAUUAUUCAUUGGGGAUAGCAACAGAAGACUGCCACUCUGGAUCAAGAAAACCUGUCCCUCGUGUCUGGUUGGAGUAAUACUCUAAAGCCAAAAUCAAUGCCUUCAGCGCUGGCCGUGUUCGCCUGCCGACCAAACUCGCACCCGUUCCAGGAGCGGCAUGUAUACCUGGAUGAGCCGGUCAAGAUCGGCAGGUCGGUGGCGCGGUGUCGCCCGGCACAGAACAACGCCACCUUCGACUGCAAGGUGCUGUCGAGGAAUCAUGCCUUGGUCUGGUUCGACCAUAAGACCGGCAAGUUUUACCUGCAGGACACUAAGAGCAGCAAUGGGACGUUCAUCAACAGCCAGAGGUUGAGUCGUGGCUCGGAGGAGAGUCCGCCCUGUGAGGUUCUCUCCGGCGACAUCAUUCAGUUUGGAGUCGACGUCACGGAGAACACGCGUAAAGUCACUCAUGGCUGCAUCGUGUCAACAAUCAAACUCUUCCUACCCGAUGGGAUGGAGGCACGGCGACGGAGCGAUGUCAUCCAGACUCCGUUACCACUACCUGUAGACAAGGUUGCAGCCAACACUCCCAGUAUGUAUUCUCAGGAACUGUUCCAGCUCUCCCAGUAUCUACAGGAGGCCUUACACAGAGAGCAGAUGUUGGAGCAGAAGUUAGCCACCCUGCAGCGUCUGUUAGCCACCACACAGGAGGCGUCAGAGAGCAGCUGGCAGGCUUUGAUUGAUGAAGACCGUCUGCUCUCCAGACUGGAAGUGAUGGGCAGUCAGCUACAGGCUUACUCUAAGUCUCAGACAGAGGAAGGAAUCCGUAAAGAGCUUUUGGCCCUCCAGGAAGACAAACACAACUAUGAGACGACGGCGAAGGAGUCUCUGAGGAGAGUCCUGCAGGAGAAGAUCGAGGUGGUCAGGAAGCUGUCGGAGGUCGAGCGCUCUCUCAGUAACACAGAAGAUGAGUGCACACACUUGAAGGAGAUGUCAGAGAGAGGCCAGGAGGAGCUGAGGGAGCUCGCCAACAAGUACAACGCCGCCGUCAACGAGAUCAAAGAGCUCACUGACAAAAUAAAGUUAGCAGAGAGCCGGCAGGAGGAGCUGACCCAGCGGGGGGCGACGGAGAAGAAGGAGUUGGAGCUGCGGAUCGAGGAGAUGGAGGAGAAGGAGCAGGUUCUCCAGGCUCGCAUCGAAGCUCUGCAGGCCGACAACGACUUCACCAACGAGAGGCUGGCCGCCCUGCAGGUGCGGUUAGAACAGCUACAAGAGAAAAGCAUAAAAGAGAACAACAGCCUGGAUGUGGACAUUUUCCCCGACGGAGAGCUAGAGGAGCCUGUCGAGGACAAACAGAGCCCGCAGUCACCUGAGAGCCAGGAGGAAGACGAGGAUGAGGAGGACACAGACACCGAUGAUGGUGCAGUUGGUCCAGAUGACGAAGUCAAUGACAACUGUCAUGUAAACAACAGCGGGGGAGACUCAACUAGAAUCCAACAGUUGAUUGAAUGUCCGCCGGUCAAACAGCUGAAGGAGACCGUCAGUUCCUCAAUCCAUAAACUGGCCAACUUUGAUGAAGUGAUGGACGCCCACCUCCAGAACAACCAGACGGCAGAAGACGACGACAUCCUGGCCAGUCCUGAUCGCCUCAAAGGGAAUCGGAUGGAUGCCAAAGAGUCAGACAUGUCGGACACGCUGAGUCCCAGCAAAGACCGCAGCAGUGACGACACGUCAGACGGAAACAUGGACGAUCAGGAGCUGAAUGAACCCCAGAACAGAGUCGCUCUACUCAAAGCUGAGUUACAUCGGGCCGGUCUGGAGCCUGGAGACACGGAGCAGGUCAUCCAUCAUCUCCACAGAGAGCUGCUAGAGGCUCAGGACUUAGCCAACACGGGCAAGCAGAGAUGUCUGGAGCUACAAGCUCUGCUGGAGGAGGAGAGGAGGAGUAACACCCAGCAGACGGAGGAGUCAACCAAACAGAUCCAGUACCUGCAGACUCAACUGGGAAAGUUGCAGGCCGACAUGGAGGCACUGAGGGAGCAGAGGGAGAGCACCAUCUGCACCACGAGAGAGGAGCUCUACUCCGCCCAGGAGGAGAUUGUUGUCCUUCGGCAUGCCAUGGAGGCCGCCACAGCAGAGCGGGAGAGAGAGAUCGCUGUCCUGCAGGCCGACCUGGGCAGCGUUCGGUCCGAGCUAGAGCACUGGAGGACCACAGCCGCUAAGUACGAGGAGGAGAUCAGCCGUCUGCAGGAGGCUUUCACACAGCAGCAACAGCAGCAGAGCACAGCCAGCCAGCUGCAGACGGAGUGUAUCACGUUGCAGCAGCGGUGCACGUCUUUGCAGCAGGACUGUGACAACCUGAGAGCCGAACGCAAAACUCUCACAGAAAAACUGCACCGCCUGGAGACUGAGCUCAGCAGCACCAGGGAGCAGAGUCAGGUCCUCAGCAGCAGUCUGGAGUCUCUAGAGAAGAGAGAGGAGGUUCUGCAGGACAAGCUGGGUUCUCUGGAGAACCAGCACCUGCAGGACGCGAGCCGGCUGAAGAGCCAGCUGGACCAGGCCCAGGCCCACACACAAACACUGCAGAAAGAGUAUGAAGACACACAGUCCCAGCUGUUGGACCUCCGUCAGCGCUACGAGAGAACAGAGAAGGAGAAACUGAACAUCCACCAGGAGCUGGAGCAGUGCAGGAGCAACCUGAAGCUGCUGCAGGACAAGACCAGCUCUCCAUCCAUAUUGCAGCCUGUCCAAGCCAUAUUCAUUGGCCUUGUCCUGGCUCUGCUCUACUGGUGUUUCGGCCAGUUGUGGUAGAAAGUCUGACUCGUCCAUCUUCCGCUCAUUCUCAGAGCGGCUGGACUCCCUGGAUGCCGGUCAUCGCAGUGAUGGUCGCCGUGACGGCAGCCGUCCUCUACCCGAACCUCUCCAAGAGCAGCUCCACCUAGGACACACAAACACCCACUCCCACACCCACAGAGCUGUGAGGAGAGCGUCACUGCUUUACUUGUAUAAAGUCUAAUUGUACAUAAUUGUAGAGGGAAUAUAAAGGUUGUGGUUUCUACAGAGGAUCAGAUACUUCUCGGAUUAUUUUGUUUUUGUGUGUUUUUUUCUCACAGAGGGGCGUUUUGUUGUCGUUUUUAUUCUUGGCUCUCUCUCAGCUGUGGUGGGGGCUUUUUUUUUGUUUGUUUGUUUUCGUCUCUCUGCUGAAUUCUGGGUAAUGAAGCAGCAGACCAAGCUUCCACACGAAAGGAAAAACCUGCCAGAGGUGACGUUAGCAUUCGUCCUGAUCAUAAAAAGAACGGGAUGUAAGCGAAUGCAACACUUUCCAGCAGAUUCAGUGAGAACACGACCGGGAUCCAGAUUCAUCAGUGUCAGAAUCUCAGAUCUGCACACCUCUAUGUUUGAUAUCAGCUGGUUACCUGUAGCUCUGUCAGGACUGGUUCAGACUGGUUUAACUGGGAUUCAUAAAUCUAUUUUAACCCCUCUUGUACUGAACCAAACAAAGACACAAUACUGUCCUGUGUUCAAACCAUAUUCAGGCUGGAAUCAUCCUUCUUUAAUCUUAGUGUCUGACAUUUAUGGAAGCCCUAAGAGGACAUACAUCCAGGCUUUGUAUUUUAAUCUGUUUUCCAGUGAUAGCAGGUGCAUUUAAUGGCCUUUCAUGCGGUUUCUGGGAAUAAAAGGGUUAAAUUUUCAGUGAUACUCAGGUGAUUUCAGUUGUUUUCUUCAUCUUUGGAUAUGACUCACCUUAAAAAAAAAACAAAAAAUCUAUGUUCUUAUCUCAAUAUUUACAUAAGUGGAGGACUUGGUAAAAUCACACAUGGAAGCCAAAUGUAUGGAACGUUCAUGAAGAUAUUUCACGCUCGACAUCUUUUAGUCUUAAAAGUUGACCUUUUUCCAAAAACAUUGGAACGUUCCCUACAGGAAUUUUAGAUCUCUAAAUGGAAGAAUCUCCCAGACAGACUGUUUUGUAAUAUGCACCGUACAGCAAAGAAGAGAUAGUAAUGAUGGAUGUAAGAUUUUUGCUGAUAUUUAAUGUGCCGAUAUUUAACCCUUACUGUCAUAGAUACCAAUAUAUAAACGUACUUCAGAGGUAAAACUUUCUUUAAAAAGUCCUUAAAACACUCAAUUUAAAGUUUAAAGGGACAUUUCAGUAUUUUUAAAGUUGGGUUGUUUAAGGCGGUGGUUCUCAACUGGUGGGUCGGGACCCAAAAGUGGGUCGCGGAGCUGUUUUCAGCAUGUCGUGAAUGUGUGUCUGGAAAAACAGAAGUAAAAAGUCUGAAAAGUCCUAGGUGGAGAUGCAUCUGUACGUUAUCAUUUACUGUAGGUACAGUUGUAUAUUUUCUAAAUAUUUCAGCUCAUUUACCUCAUAUUUGUGCAAAAACAAAACCACUUUUCCUGCUCUAGUGAGAUAUUUUCACCAGAUUUCUGAAAUGGGCAAAAGUUAACAGUAAUUGUGGGGAAACAGGGAGUGAAAUGUGCCAGUUCAGUCUCUCUUUUGGGUCAUGUAUUUUGUUCAGCUGCAGCAUUAUUCAUCGAAAUAAACAUGCGUUAGUGAAUAUUCUUGGAAAUUUGGGUCGCCAUUUGUCAAUAAAGGGGACAUAUUUUACCCUUUAAGACAAGUUUAUAUCGGUCUCAGAGGUCCCCAAACAUGCCUGUGAAGUUUGUUUUCUUUAAAAACACUCCAGUAUUGGAUUUCUGCAUGUCUAAAAACUCCUCUGUUUCAGCCCUGCUCAGAACCAGCUGUUUCUGUGUUUGUGGCUUUAAAUGUUAAUUAGGUAGACCACAAACUAAGGGCUGACUUAGUUUACAUCACAUUUUAUGGGAUGGUGCAUACUCCAGAGAGCCAAAUGUUUGUGGAAAAAAAAAACAGUUUUUCCUCAUGGUAUCCAGAGGUACAGACAUUUCUGACAACCUGAGGUUUUACCUAAUAUUAAAGCGCCACAGUUUGGAGCCUACCCCCCUAAAAUAUUUAAUAAUGCUGAAUAAUUUUAUGCUUGUAUGGUGCAUAUUCUCUAACAAAUCUGUUUGAUAAAUUUCCACAAACUUGUUCAAAUAAUGUUAAUCUGGGAUAGGACAUGUUCAGGUUUUGCACUUGUUAUUGAAAUUUAAACUGGUCCAAAGUGAGAAAAUAUUUUUAACAGUGAUUUAAAGACAUGGCCGGUUGGUUUAGACGACAUAUAAGAUGAGUUUUAGAUAAAAUGAUCGUCUUUAUAGCAUUUAUUCUGAGGAUUUUAGGGGUUUAUUUGGGGCUGUUGCUUAUUUUCCCCCUGUAUUUGUUAUUUUGGACCUGUUUCCAUGACAACAGUGCUGACAGCUGUAAAUCUAUUCUAAACCACAACAAUUUCAUCAGGUAAUCAUACAUUUUUUGCGUCUUUUUGGAGCACUUAUUCAGCCCUAACCAUGCCUCAGUUCUCCUGGAUCAGUGUCGUGUUUCUCUCUCGUCCUGGGUCUGAAGGAAAGUCCUCCAACCGAGGCGGUUUCAGGAAGUCCUGCUCUCUUCUGUUCUGUUUCAGUCGGCCAUGUUGGCGUUUUCUCCCUUCUGUUUUUUCUUUCAGGGGAGUUUUUGGGGGUCGGGGUUAAAAACUUGAAGCCAAAUUAUUAAAAUAAAUCAGAUUUAUUUUCUUUUUGUUUUUAACUGUGGGGCACAGAAAAAGGGGGUCAAAGUGCCUCUGAUGUAACUAACACCACCGUUUGUGUUUGUGUGGGGGCAGACACGCACAACCACGCACACACUCUCUGUUUAACACACUAACACACACUUUCAGAGUGUUAAAGGUGUGUGUUUGCGUGGAGCAGCAGUGAAGUGUGUGUGGGUUCACACUCUGGACUCUUGAGCAGCGUUUGUCAUCGUUCGUGUACUCUGUCUCGUCUCUGUGUUUAAACUAAAAACAUAAAUACGAACAAAUAUUCCUGAUGUUUAAAGAGAAAAACACUACAGUACAGAGAGAGAAUUGUAAAAUAAAAUGUUAUUGAAUGACGUGCUACUAGACUUAUUUUGUUAAAAUUGUUUAGAGAGGGAGCUAUGUAGAAGAGACAGUAUGAUGAUGAUGAUAAUGAUGUAUUGAAUAUGCAGAGAAAUGUUUGGAUUAAAGUUGUAGCAAGCUGAC